AUGGCUGUCUCGUCGGAGGCUGAGCUCAGACAUGUGUUGGACCAACUCCAUGAGCAGGAGGACGCUCUCAUCUACAAGCUUGAUGCCCCAAUGAAGGACAGUAGGAACUUUUAUCGAGAUCUAGGCGGCCUUGAUAGCCUCCAUGGAGACCUGGAUAUGCAACUCAUCGCAGCUCGUAGCAUCCAUAUCGCAAUGCUAUGUCCCGCAGGCGACACCGCUGAGCGACUAUCCACCAUGAUGCGCACUUUAGAUAUGGAGAAGAAAAGAGUUGAGGCUACGCUGAUUAUUAUUGAGCAAGUAAUGGAGCUCAAAGCGUGUAUAGCUGGUAUUAUAGGCAGCAUGGGUGCUCCUCAGGACUGGGAGGCUGCCGCCAACUACCUCUCACGCGUAUCAAAUAUACCCGAGGAUAUUGUUCGCGGGGAAUUCGCUCUAGGCGUUGUCCCGAGCAUUGAGGCUCCGGAACCCCCAUGGGCUACAAUCCAGACUGCUCGCAAAAGCCUUUGUGCUCUGUUCUUGAGGGAAUUCAACGCCGCUGCCGCACAAGGGGACGGUACAAAGGUCGCAAGAUUCUUCAAGCUAUUCCCAGUCAUUGGAGGUGCUCGAUCAGCUCUAACGCGACCACAUGAGGAACGUGGCAGACAUGACGAUUUAUUUUACGCAAAUAACCUGGCACGGCUGCUUGAGCACAUUGCGCAAAUCAUUGACAGCCAUAGUGGUCUUGUAGAGAGGCACUACGGCGCUGAUAAAGUCGUGCAGGUCAUUGAAAGACCGCAAAAAGAGGCUGACAUACAGGGCGGAAUUAUCUUGGAUACCUGGAACGAAGAGCGGUCCGUUGCCAGGAUGAUGGCUGACAUUAAGAGUUAUCCAUUCUCUUUUCUCUCGAAAAGCAUGAUGCCAUUUCAGAGAGGCAUCAAUUUUGCGCUACGAGGCAACGAGCCGAGCAAGGAUGAAUUCAACUUGGACGUGAAGAAAGUUGAGGGGCUCUUGGGAGAAAUGACAUCAAUGCUGAAGAGUUGGUCGCUUUACAAACGUUUUAUUACAAGUAAAUGCAAGGGCGUCCUCGACCAAGAAGAAAAGCUACCGCCUCCGAAAUUUCUGCAUCAAUGUGAUCUACACAAGAAGGUUUCAGAGAAGCUCAUCGAGCCAUAUAAACUUACGACAACAUUUCUCUUCCGAAGAUCAGUAGAGAAGGCUUUUGAGAUGGAUACUGCGCCAAGUGGCCUCUCACUAUCGACGCCAUGCGAUGGCAGUCCACCAUUUAUCCUGCAAGCCUUAGACGACAUAAUGUACGUCGUGGACAAUCUUCUACAGCAUAUCCUGUCUACGGGAAACAGAGAGGUGACCGUCUCUACCACAUCGGCUAUCAGCAGGGUCCUCGAAUCGGAUUUCAUCGGGAUCAUCCAUAGGCGCAUGAAAGAUGAGUGCUAUCCCAAAGCAGCCGCCCAGGGUGGGUUUCCACGGGAGGAAAAAGUCAUCAGCUUCAUGGGUUACGUCUCAGAAACCCAAGGUGCUGAUAUGGCUAUCUCAUCUACGCAAACACUCAAAGACUCCUUCACGUUUGGCAGGGAUGCCGAAAUGGUUGCGAAUGGACUUCGGAGGCUGAAAGAUGCACUAUGUGCUAAAGCUACAGAGCUUCUGAACGAUGGCAUACUUGCACUGUUUGAUGAGGUCUUGUGGCCCCGGAUCAGGCUGAUCCUCACAACCUCUUUCCAAAACGCUGUUUACGAUGUGUCGGAAGGGGAGCCAUUCGACGAAGAGGAUGUCGAUGUGGAGACAUCACAGCAAGUGUCGUUGCGAUUCGAGGGCGGGUGGUUGGCCUUGACACGACCCCUGAAGCACAUCAUGACGCCGAGAACAUACGCAGCCUUGGCCUGCCUAGCAGCUAACAAAUUGGCAAGGGUGCUAGAGAAGCGUGCUUGGAGUUCCUCAGGCCUUGUGACCGCACUUGGAGGUUUGCGGUUAGAGUCGGACUUCUCUGGCAUCAUAAGUGUCAUCGCCAAGGACGGCUACGCCCUUCGCGAACCGUUUGCCCGAUUGCAAGAGAUUCUUGAAGUUGCUAACAUGGAAGACGAUGAAUGGGAUGAGCUUGAAUCAGCAUAUGGCUCGUCCAGGCAAGAAAGAAGCAGGUUACUCAGCGACGAGGACACAGAAAUGGCGCGCAAGAUUGUGAGAAGAUAG